UGAACGUCGCGACGUCCGCCCUUGCUUCUGAGGCGCGGAGACCCCGCAGCGAGCUGCCAACGCCCGGCUCUGAGGGAAGAAGAGAAGAAGGAAGGAAGGAAGAGAAGGAGGAGAAGAUCAAUCCUUGACUUGGCCUUCUUCGCAAUGCAGACUAUCAAGUGUGUCGUGGUGGGCGAUGGAGCCGUUGGUAAAACGUGCCUCCUGAUUUCUUACACCACAAACAAAUUCCCAUCCGAAUACGUCCCCACAGUGUUUGAUAACUAUGCUGUAACUGUGAUGAUUGGCGGGGAGCCGUACACCUUGGGCCUCUUUGACACGGCAGGGCAGGAAGACUACGACCGGUUGCGGCCUCUCAGCUACCCCCAGACGGACGUCUUCCUGGUCUGCUUCUCCGUGGUCUCGCCUUCCUCCUUUGAGAAUGUGAAAGAAAAGUGGGUCCCUGAAAUCACCCACCAUUGCCCCAAGACGCCCUUCCUGCUGGUGGGGACGCAGAUCGACUUGCGGGACGACCCCUCGACCAUCGAGAAGCUGGCCAAGAACAAGCAGAAGCCCAUCACCCCCGAGACGGCCGAGAAGCUGGCCCGGGACCUCAAGGCCGUCAAGUACGUGGAAUGCUCCGCCCUCACGCAGAGAGGUCUGAAGAAUGUGUUCGACGAGGCCAUCCUAGCGGCCCUCGAGCCUCCGGAAACUCAACCCAAACGGAAAUGCUGUAUAUUCUAAAACCGUUUCCUCUUCCUUCUUCUUUUCCCCCCUUCCUCCUUUCUUGUUGCUGCUGCCUGCCUCCUCUUCCCACUGCUGUAGAAAAACAAAACCAAUAAAACCAUCCCGACUGAAAGAAGCUGUGUCUUUUACUUCCAAACGUCUUAGAACAAACUCUGUAUUAGCUUUUAUUAUUAAUUAUUAUUUUGGAUUGCAAGACUGCUUAUAUGAUUCGUUACGGCGAUUGUCACACGCUCGGAAAUCCUGCCGACUACGCCAAAUUUGUUUUCAGUGAGAUCGCAUAUGUCCACUUUUUUAAACCUUCUGCUUUGUGGGUUGCUGGGUUUUUGAGUUAGAAGGUAAUGAAGGAACGGAGAAUCUCGUCUUCAAUGACUUUUAAAGAAGUGACAAUGAUUUUUUCAAAAAAUGGCCAAAGUUAUGUGCAAUUCUGGGUUGUUGUAGGUUUUUUUUUCGGGCUAUAUGGCCAUGUUCUAGAGGCAUUCUCUCCUGACGUUUCACCUGCAUCUUUGGGAAGCAUCCUCAGAGGUUGCGAGGUCUGUUGGAACUAGGAAAAUUGGGUUUAUAUAUAUGUGGAAUUUCCAGGGUGGGACAGAGAACUCUUGUCUGUUGGAAGUUCAUUUGGAAUUCAGAGUUGGAAGGAGUGUGAGAAUAGCUAACAAGAGGGAGGUUAGAGGCCAAAGAAACGCCUUCCAUGAAUAUUUCAACUGACCACCUUGAUUAGCAUUUGAUGGCCUGGCAGUGCCUGGGGCAAUCUUUUGUUGAGAGGUGAUUAGCUGCCCCUGAUUGUUUCCUCUCUGUAAUUUUAGAGUUUUUUUAAUAACGACAGAGAGGAAACAAUCAGGGACUGCUCAUCACCUCUCAACAAAAGAUUCCCCCAGGCACUAACAAGCCACACCAAAAAACUGCCAGGCCAUCAAAUGCUAAUUAAGGUGGUCAUUUGAAACAUUCAAAUGACUCAGCUGGAACCACAAAGUGAUAGUGCCAAUGAUUCUGAUGAGGAUGAUGGGAUUCAGGUUCACAGGUUCAAAAUAUCCCUGUGAUAGACAAUGACGAACAGGGUGAGGAAGUUCGGUUUCCCACAGCAAAUAAUGACAUUGUUGACAAUGAAACUAGCCAGCUGCAGGUUGAUUCAGAAAGGGAGGACAGUUGUUCUCAGCCUGAUAAUGAGCGAGAAAGCACUAACGAACAGACUGACCUUGAUGAAGCGGGAACCUUAGAUCGAGCUGACCGUUUGGAAUUCAGAGGUCGAAGGAGUGUGAGAAUAGCUAACAAGAGGGAGGUUGGAGGCCAAAAAACGCCUUCAUGUUUUGCAAAGGAUAUUUGCGAGCAAACUUGUGUCAGUGCAACUUCUCGUUUCAACCAAGGGACUUGGAUUGUCUGGAUUUACCCUGGUCAUUCCACAGAUUUGGAAUUCAGAGUUCGAAGGAGUGUGAGAAUAGCUAACAAGAGGGAGGUUGGAGGGCAAAGAAAGGCCUUCAUGUUUUGCAAAGGAUAUUAAACAGAAUGUUUGAGAGCAAACUUGUGUCAGUGCAACUUCUCGUUUCAACCAAGGGACUUGGAUUUGUUCGUCUGGAUUUACCCUGGUCAUUCCACAGAUUUGGAAUUCAGAGUUCGAAGGAGUGUGAGAAUAUCUAACAAGAGGGAGGUUGGAGGCCAAAGAAACGCCUUCAUGUUUUGCAAAGGAUAUUUGCGAGCAAACUUGUGUCAGUGCAACUUCUCGUUUCAAGCAAGGGACUUGAAUUUGUUUGUCUGGAUUUACCCUGGUCAUUCCACAGAUUUGGAAUUUAGAGUUCGAAGGAGUGUGAGAAUAGCUAACAAGACGGAGGUUAGAGGCCAAAGAAAUGCCUUCAUGUUUUGCAAAGGAUAUUAAAAACCUACAACAACCCAGUGAUUCCGGCCAUGAAAGCCUUCGACAAUACAUAUGUGCAAUUCCUUUCUCUCUCUCUCUUUCUAUCCCUCUCUUUUCUCUCCCGUGGCUCUGUUAUAACUGUAUUUGCAUGACGAUUGUACUCGAUAUGGUGAUCCCGCAAGCGAUGCUAAACCGGCGAAGGGUUCUCUGGUUUCCCCUCUGUGCAAUUGAAUGGGGCUUUGCUGUUGCUUUUGGCUGUUUGUGCUUUUAGUGGAGUAUCUAUUUGGUCCUCUUUUUGGGAGAAACGGAAGCUAGGUGUACCCGAUACUGUACGUCCGACUCUUACAUUUGGAUUCGUUCCCACAGCUUUUUGUUUUUUUUGCAACUGUACCAUGUAAAGCUUUCUCUUUUUUAAUUUUUAUUUAAAAAGGUCAUUUUUUCUGACUUGGAUUGACUGUCUGAAGGAAGAUAAAAGACAUAACAACUGUAGUCCUAUCUUACAUUUCAAAAUUAAAAUUAGUUGUUCGUAUAAA